AGAAAAACAUCUAUAUCCGGCUGUUUCCGGGAACGAUCUGCGAUCAACCCCAGUGAUAAUCUCUGCUCCGUUAUCAUUGUGCCUUGCCAGUUAUUACGAGGCCAGUGUUCGUCGCCGUAAGCUGGCUUACGAAAAUAUGGCCAUUGGAGGUGAGAAGUAUGUACCUUGUUUAUCCCUAUCCAAUAGACCAGAUCAAUGCCUCGAAGACAUGGAAUGAGAAACCAAACGACGGUGAUACGUCGGGCUUGAGGUACGAGGAGAGCUUCUCCUGCGCCAGCUCGUACUUAUAAACCCUUUAUGGGAUAGAGCCAAAUACUUUGUAGACCUGCAUCCCGGUUCUCAUGAACAAAUAGAAAGAUAUAUAUUGAGAAGGAGAAAGCCAACAACGGCGCUUCUCAUUCAGUCAACCUCCUCGCAGAGAGCCAACUUCAUACCGUUCAAUUGCUCCUUUAUUGAUUCAUUUCUAGAGACCUGGCAAUGGUUCAACUUUCUACUCUCACUGUCGGCCUUGCUGCCCUGGCAAGUGUUGUACUCGCUCACCCUGGACACGAUGUCAAAGCAGAAGCUGCCGAGAGGGCUGCUUUCUUGCGCAAUAACCCCAUCCACUCGCGAGGUAUUUCGCAGUGCAUUUCGAAACUCAAGGCCCGCGGUGUCGAGGAUGCCAACGUUGCGCGUCGUGAGAACGCUGUGCAGCAGCUGCGCAAGAAGAGGGGCUUGAAUACUGAUGCUCGCUAUCUGAGAGCACGCGACUUGGACUCUGUGCUGGCCAAAAACCAUCAUUCCAACCUGACCAACGUCAACCCUUCUACAGAUCCCGCUAUACUGUUCGCAUCAGAAGGAACUUGUGUCGUACAGCCUGAAGUUACGCAAGGACCCUAUUACGUUGCCGGUGAGCUGAUCCGUAAGAAUGUGGUUGAGGAUCAGCAGGGUGUCCCCCUCUAUCUCGACAUCCAGCUUGUCGAUACGAAUACUUGCAACCCUAUGCCGAACAUCUAUACCGAUAUAUGGCAUUGUAACGCAACGGGUGUUUAUUCUGGUGUAGUGGCAAAUGGAAACGGCAACUCGAACGAUACUGAGAAUGCCGAUACUACUUUCCUUCGCGGUAUCCAACCUAGCGGCAAUGAUGGCGUGGUCCAUUUCGAGAGCAUCUUCCCUGGUCACUAUUCGGGCAGAGCCGUGCAUAUCCAUGUUGUCACAUAUCCCGCCAAUGAGACGAGGAUUCUUCCUAACGGCACCCUUGCUGGCAUGUAUGACACGCAUUCGUCGCAUGUCGGUCAGAUUUUCUUUGAUCAGGAUCUCAUCACCGAGGUCGAGAAGAACACCCCCUAUUCGACCAACACGCAGGAGUUGACAGAGAACUCUAACGACAGCAUCCUUGCAACGGAGGCUGAUACGACUGACCCCUUCGUGGAAUACGUCUUGCUGGGUGACGAUGUAUCAGAUGGCAUCUUUGCCUGGAUCUCGAUCGCUGUGAAUAGCACGAGAGACGAUUUCCUCUCGCCUGAGGGUUAUUGGACUGAAGAGGGAGCUGAAGUCAAUGACAACUUCAGCAUGAACAUGGCUGGAAUGGGUAGCUUGCCCCCUAUGAGUGCUACUGCUACCAGUAGCGCUGUUAGCACUUCUGCCUGAGCUGGCAGAUAGCAGGAACUCAGAAUGCGGUAUUGAUAUGUUCUAGGCACGUGUUGCUCAUAAUUGUAUUGGCUGAGACCUUGUUUCAUUCGCUUAGGCACCUUGUCUUUACAAAUCAAAUUCGCCAGGCCAAAUAUCCAGUCUUUCUCAAGUAAUGCCUAGGUAAAAGCGAUUCAAUAAACAU